UGACCUUCCGUGGUACUCAACUAAGCAUGGCAGCCCGGGCACUGACGAAAGGCCUUUUGGGGCUACGACACUUACGAGCUGUUACAGUCGGAUACUCCUCUGUCGGACAUCAACAUGCCGCUGCAGCGUCCAUCAACUUACCUCAACAACAAACUGACAAUGUUACAGAACAAAUAAUGAACCGGCCACUUGAGAAGCCGGACUUUUUCCAUGUGUCAGAGCUCUUCUCGUUGAAAGACCUGUUCGACGCCAGAGUGCAUCUUGGCCAUAAAAAAGGUUGCAGGCACAGGCUUAUGGAACCUUACCUCUAUGGUUGCCGUUUGGACCACGAUAUAAUUGAUCUUGACCAGACCGUGGAGCACCUUCAACUAGCCCUGAACUUCACUGCCCAUGUUGCAUAUCGUGGUGGCAUCAUACUAUUUGUCAGCCGCCGGCGUCAGUUUUGUCACCUGGUGGAGAGCACUGCUAAGGAAUGUGGGGAGUAUGCCCACACGCGGUACUGGCAGGGCGGCCUCCUUACCAACGCCCCCAUCCAGUACAGCCCUGGAGUCCGCCUACCAGACCUCAUCAUUUUCCUGUCCACUCUCAACAAUGUGUUUCAGCAGCACGUAGGGAUCAGAGAUGCAGCAAAGAUGAACAUUCCCACGGUGGGUGUGGUGGACUCAAACUGCAACCCAAGCCUGGUGACGUACCCUGUGCCUGGGAACGAUGACACUCCAGCUAGCAUGGAGCUGUUCUGUCGCCUAUUCAAGAUGACUAUCAACCGUGCCAAGGACAAAAGGAGACAGAUGGAGCUACUGUGCAGCCUGUCAGCACCCUCCACUCCAAGCUCCUGAUGUUAUAUAUUCUGAAACAAGUGACAUUGAAAAUGCAUUUAUAUAAAGUCAAUUCAGUCUGCUGCUCCUUAUCAUCAUGCGUCUGCGUUUGGAAAAGAUCUGAUGGCGAUGAUGCUAGCGAAAUAUGCUGCAGUGUUAAGACUGAACUUGUGUGCAUGUUUGUAACAUCAAUGAAUCUUGUUUCUGUGACAUGGUCUUGUUCUUAACAUUUCCUUGCAGUGUAAGUGAAUCACGUUGCAGCGUGUUUGUCCAAAUUCAACCGUUGAUGAUUACAUGAACCUCCACGGCCUGUUGACAUUCUAAAUCAGACACCAUUUGUUUUAUUCACAAUCAUGUGCACACAAACAUUACCCAAUUAACUUUACUCCUUCAGAUGAUAUCACAGUAUCACACUUACAACAUCUGUUUUUUUUUUUCUCCAAAAACCCUGCUUAAAUUCAGUCACUGAAUGUGCUGCAACAUGACACAAUAACAAUAAUUUGACAAUUAAAAAUACCCAAUGUAGCAUCUUUAAAUCUCUUGUUUUAUCUGAACAGUCUAAAGCCCAAAUGUAUUCAAUUUAUUUUGAUGUAAAGCAGCGAUGGAGAAAAAUUCUCACAUUUGAAGAGAUGGAACCAGAAAAUGUUGAACAAUUACUGAAACAAUCAGCUCUUUUAAAAUAGUUCCAGGUUGGUUUUCUGUAAGUUUAUUUACUAGUUGUUGCAGCUCUAAUUUAAGUAUUGAGAGUAUGAGAUAACAUGUCCCCAUGCAAGAGUAGUUGCACCUUUGCUGUAGUUUAGCAAAAUGGUAAGCUCUGUACUGCCAAAGUCAUUAAAAUUUACUUUUGUGUUCA